CCACCCGCCGCUCUGCGCGGCGCCGGCUCCGCCCCCGUCGGGUGUUUGUGGUGGGGCUGCGGAGUCGCCGAUCCCGCCGGAAGCGCCAGGACAAUGGGGACCCGGGACGACGAGUACGACUACUUAUUCAAAGUGGUGCUCAUUGGGGACUCGGGCGUGGGGAAGAGCAACCUGCUAUCACGCUUCACCCGCAACGAGUUCAACCUGGAGAGCAAGAGCACCAUCGGCGUGGAGUUUGCCACCCGCAGCAUCCAGGUGGACGGCAAGACCAUCAAGGCGCAGAUCUGGGACACCGCCGGCCAGGAGCGCUACCGGGCCAUCACCUCCGCGUACUACCGCGGCGCAGUGGGCGCGCUGCUCGUGUACGACAUCGCCAAGCACCUGACCUACGAGAACGUGGAGCGUUGGCUGAAGGAGCUGCGGGACCACGCUGACAGCAACAUCGUCAUCAUGCUCGUGGGCAACAAGAGUGACCUUCGCCACCUGCGGGCCGUGCCCACUGACGAGGCUCGUGCCUUUGCAGAAAAGAACAACUUGUCUUUCAUUGAGACCUCAGCAUUGGAUUCCACCAACGUCGAGGAAGCUUUCAAGAACAUCCUCACAGAGAUCUACCGCAUCGUGUCUCAGAAGCAGAUCGCGGACCGCGCAGCCCACGACGAGUCCCCCGGCAACAACGUGGUGGACAUCAGCGUGCCGCCCACCACUGACGGACAGAAACCCAGCAAGCUGCAGUGUUGCCAGAACCUGUGAGCGCUCUGCGCCCCACCCAAGCGCGCCUGCGCGUCCUCGUCCUCCGCCCGCCCCGCCCCGCGCUGCGCUCCCCGGCCCCGCCCUCUCCGUCCCUCGGUGACCGUGACCGGCUCCUGCCCUCACAUCGAGCUCCGCAUGGCUGGCGGGGGCCCAGGAAGAACAGGAGUUGAGUGGCACCUGCUGUCCCGUUCGAGGAAAGCCAGACUCCCGGGUCGCCGCGCCUGCUUUUCUGGGGUCCCGGUGUGCAUCUCGGCGGGCCAGGGAGGGUGGCAGCCUAGACAGGCCGGUCAGAGGCGAGGAGGAGGGGCGCGCCAAGCGGGCUUCUCCAGUUUUCCACGGCAGACUCCAGGGAGCGAUUGCCUCCCUCCCUCUGUGGCCAGUUGGCCUCACCGGUCCCCCGAUCCCCACCCAGAACCCCCUUCCGAGCUGAUGCUCGAAGAGCAAGGCGUCAGGGGGCCGGGGCAGGCGGACACUCUUGGCUCCCGGCCCCCUUGCUCCCCCACGCACAGCCAGCACCGGCACACGCCUUCGACCUCUCCCGUGCGUGCGCGACUCCAGCUCCUGCCUGUAGAUUUAUGCUGGGGGAAGACCCCUCUCUCCCCUCACUCUCUUUUUGCACGCAGCGCGCUCUCCAGCCCCUCCCUGUGCCCCUCUCUGUCUUGUCUCCCGUCUGGUCAGGAACCCGUUUGCAAGUGAAGCAAUAUCUCCGUGUUUUGUAUAUACAACCGCUCUUGUAGCCUUUGGUUUUUUUGUUAUUGUAGAGAAACACAGAUUCUUUAUACACUUUGUAAGAUUGACGCCAAACCCCAGCUCUCGAUCUCUUAUUCUCCCUGUGGCCCCCCGCACUGUUGCCCCGAUGCCUCAUUUCUCCUGCCCGUUACUAAAAUGUAUAAUCCGACUUCCUGUACAGAAA